AUUGGCUACCAUCUAGCAACAAACCUCAAUAAAAGGCCAUGUACCCUAAGUCCUAUCAUCCAGACACCUGGUUCAGCUGGAAGAAUGGACGGGUUGCUUCAUAGCGUCGUUGUUUUGCUGCUUUGUGGCCUCUGCUCUGCCACACCAGCAGGGAAAGAGUUUGCCACUGUCUUUUUGCAAAACUACAUGGGGGAUAACCAAGCACGCUUCGUGAUCGAGGUCUCCGCUCUGCCUUCCUCCCACGGAAGCACCGUCGUCAAGGUAACGGCCCUGGGUCAGGUUUACCAGAAGAGCGUCGACCCAGGUCAGGGUGUGGCCUUCCAGCUUCCCAAUGGUGUGGAGAUGAAAGGCAGCUGGAAUAACCUUCCCACCGUUCUGAUCGAGGCAAGCCAAGAAGUCACUGUGCUGUCCCUCAACUACAAGAAGGACACGGCCGACACAUCCGUGGUCUACCCAGUUCAAGAAUGGGGGACAGAGUACUACAUCUUCACUCCCAAAGGGACUCCCCUGGAAACCUUCAAAGAGUUUUCUAUCACCAACCACAAGAACCAAAACUCAGUCGAGAUUUACCUGAAGGCAAACGUACGUUUCCACAGGCGUCUGUAUCAAGCAGGGAGCAAGCUGACCUUCAACCUUGAGCCGUUUGAGAGCAUUCAGAUUCAAAGCGUUGAUGACCUCACAGGUUGCAGGGUAGUCUCAAAGCAGCCAGUAGCAGUAUCCACAGGACAUACCUGUACAUUUAAGUUUACUUCAUGUGACCAUGUGUAUGAGCAGCUCCUCCCUGUAAACAGCUGGGGAAAGGAAUUCAUCAUUGCACCCCUGCCCUACCAUGAGGACCCCAAACGAUAUGACAGUGUCUUCAUCCAAGCAUCUCAGGCAACCAACAUCCAGGUGAACAAUGGAGGUAAAGCUAUGACUCUGCCAAUGCUUCCUGGUCAGAAAAUUGAGCUGUUUUCCCAAUGGCCCAAUCCCAUACACUUGACGGCUGACAAAGGCAUCCAAGUCCUUUUUGAGUUCAACGGGGGGCCUGAUCAUACAAACCCAGCUUAUGAUCCCUUCCUCAUGACCAUUCUACCGACAAGUAAUUUUAGUACCUCAUACUCUUUGGAGGGGCAAGCUGACUUCACCAACAUGGCUGUUAUCAUAGCUCGUAGCCAGGACCUGGGUGGUUUAACGCUAGACCAGGUCCCUAUGGCCAGUGACAUUAGCUGGAAACAGGUGGGAGAGAGUGAGUACUCAUGGGCAGAUAUCUCUUAUGGCAGGGGUGCUGGGUUCCACCAGAUAGCCCACCCCAACUCUCCAUUUGGCGUCUAUAGUAUUGGCGUGGUUGCUGCCACUGGAUAUGGAUCUUCUGCCUCUGCUAGUCAACCAGAGAAGCUUGAGUGCAGCCAAAUGACAUGUCAAAAGGACGAAGAGUGUCAAAUGAAGGACAACAACCCAAUUUGUGUAAAAAAGCCUCCAGUUCUUCCCCCAGGCACCUGCUGGGCCAUGGGUGACCCUCACUACCGUUCAUUUGACGGCCACUACUACAACUUCAUGGGCAACUGCACUUACACAAUGGCCAAGAACUGUCACGUGGAUGAGGGGCAUCCAGCAUUUGAAGUGGAGGCUAAGAAUGCCAAAAAGGGAAACUCAAUUGUUACGUUUGUUGCCAAGAUUAUUAUUAAUGUCUACGGAUACACAAUCACUGUAGUUCGCUCUGAGUUCGGCCUUGUGAGGAUGGAUUACAUGUUAUGGAAUCUGCCAAUCACCCUGAACAAUGGCAAACUGAAGAUAUACCAGAGCGGUCUCUCCGUUGUCUUGGAAACUGACUUUGGUCUGACAGUGCAGUACGACUGGCAACAGCAUCUUGUCGUGACAGUGCCAGGCAGCUUUGCAGGCAGGACCUGCGGCUUGUGCGGUAACUUUAACGGCAAAAAUGAGGAUGACCUAACCUUACCUGAUGGUUCUCCCGCCAAUAAUCCAACGGCCUUGGGAAAGAGCUGGAGAGUCCCGGGCUCUGCAGAUGACGCCUACUGUCGGGAUGAGUGCGUGGGGCAGUGUGACCAGUGUAACAAUGGAUUUUUCGAGCACAUGGCAGAUAAGGUCUUCUGUGGUACGCUCUCACUCAUUAUGGAAGGCCCAUUCAAAGAUUGCAAAGCUGUCAUCGAGCCAAAGGUGUACCGUGAGAACUGCAUGUUUGAUGUGUGCAUGGGCGAGGGCAUGAAGAACUUCCUCUGCAACACCCUACAGGUCUACAGCGAUGCCUGCCAGAGAGAAGGCGUCAAAAUUCACGACUGGAGGCGUAUUGCCCAUUGUCCUGACCCCACAUGCCCAGAAAACAGCCACUAUGAGCAGUGUGGAAGUCCGUGUGCUGCCACGUGUGAGAAUCAAAACGGUCCUUCCACGUGCAAAGGCUAUUGUGUGGAGACCUGUGCCUGUGACGAUGGCUUCCUACGUAGCGGCAACAAGUGUGUGCCCAAGUCUCAAUGUGGCUGCCAGUACAAAGGUCACUAUGUGACGGCCGGCGCAUCCUUCUGGGGGGAUGACCGCUGCCUUCAGAGGUGCACCUGCAGCCCAAGCAACAACCAGGUGACGUGUGUUUCGUUCAGCUGCGGAGUGAAUGAGCAGUGUGCUGUGAAGAACGGAAUCAGAACCUGCGUGCCAGAAGGACAGGGAGUGUGCUCCAUCUCAGGCGACCCACAUUACAGAACCUUUGACAACACCACCUACGACUUCCAGGGCACCUGCACCUACACGGCUGCUCAAGGCUGCCACCUAGAGGGCACUCGCCUUACUCCCUUCACCGUAGCGGUAGAGAAUGAGAAGUGGUAUGGAAUGUCGUCCGAUCCACGAGUGUCUGUAGCAAAGCUUGUGGCUGUUGAAGUUUAUGGCAAUACCCUCAUCCUGCAUAGAAAUCAGAUUGGAAUGAUAAUGGUGAAUGGCGUCAUGAAUACCCUCCCUCUUAAUCUAAAUGACGGAGCAAUACAGGCUUAUCAAGAUGGCACUUAUGAUGUCAUCAUCACAGAUUUUGGCCUGAAAGUUACCUAUGACCUGGUCUACCACAUCACCGUCACUGUGCCUGGCAACUACCGAGGCAAGACCUGUGGCCUGUGCGGCAACUUCAACAACGACAACAAAGAUGAUUUCCAGCUUCCCGACGGGAAAGCAGCCAAAAACCUUCUGACCUUUGGGGCGGCCUGGAAGGUGGGUGUUCCUGGGGUGGUCUGUGAAGACGGCUGCAGCGGAGAUCAAUGUCCCAAAUGCGACGACAAGAAGAAGGUCGUGUUUGAGAAAGACUGCAGCAUCAUAACGAAUUCUAAUGGUCCCUUCGCCGCCUGUCACGCCAGGAUAGACCCCGCCUCUUACUUCAGAGACUGCGUUUACGAUGUGUGUCUGUCUAAAGGAGACCGCCACGUUCUGUGUCACAGCAUAUCCGCCUACACGAUUGACUGCCAGAACCUUGGGGUGAACAUCAAAGAAUGGAGAACAACCACCUUUUGUCCCUUGAACUGCCCUGCUAACAGCCACUACCAGGUGUGCUCCGAGAUCUGCGCUACCCCAUGUCCCGGCCUGUCAGACACCAUCACCUGCCCCACCACCUGCGCUGAGGGCUGUGCUUGCAAUCCAGGCCACUACUUCAAUGGGACUGGAUGUGUUAUCCCAGAUCAGUGCAGCUGCUAUUACAAAGGACUCACCUACAAGAUUGGGGAGUCUAUCCUGUCAAAGGACUGCCAGGAGCUGUGCACUUGUACCGCUGAUAGUGGGAUUCAGUGUCAAAAACAGAAGUGCCAGAGUAAUGAAAGAUGUCAAGUGCGGAAUGCCGUGAGGGGCUGCUUCCCCCAACAGUGCGUCAUGGAGACCGGCGGAUUGUUCACUAUAUUCGGUGGGACGAAUGGAUUUGUGACGGCAUCUGGAGCCUAUGAGGUUGUGAAAGCAUGCGACGGUGGUCUGGUAGCCGAGUGGUUCAGAGUGGUGGUGAAGAUGGAGGCGUGUGGAAACACCGGGGUGAAGAGGGUGGUGGCUGUGUAUGUCUUCUUUGAUGAUCUCAUGAUCUCUGUUAACAACAAACAUGAGACUUGGGUCAACGGUAGAACUGGCACUCUGCCCGGUCUAUACAAGAAUGAGAUUUCAGUCAAGGUGUUGGAAAAAACACUGGUCAUUGAGAAGGUAUCUGGCCUGCGGGUGUCCUACAGCCUGUCUGAGGAAAUCUCAAUCACUGUCAGUAAGAACAUGGUGAACAAGGUGUGUGGGGCUUGUGGGAAACUGGCAGCCAUCAGUAACGACAACAUGCAGCUGUCCAUGCAGGAAUACAUCGCCUCUUGGAUAGCACCUGACUUCCCCACCUGUGGGCUGUAAACAUGACGGACCAGCUCAACUGAACAUCCAAAAGCCUACUCUACCGUACUUAAUCAGUUUUCAAAGUUAUUAAACAUUAAUCAUUAAGAAAUGUUAUGUGCAUGCAUUUUUGUGGCUACUUUGUAGCGUGUUCCUAAACAAUUUUAUUAAAAUCACUCUGUGAAAUGAUCAAUCAAUAAAUUAUCCAUAACAGGUGAAAGAACUUGUCACUUUUUGUCUCUCUCUUCCUCUUACUGAAGUUGGUAUUGUUGAGCCUACUUUUUAUUUUCCCAGGAAGUAUAGUUUAGUAUAUUUCUAUGAAUGCAGUUGUAUUCUGUAUUUUAUACUGUUUAUCUCUUCAAUGUGGUCACGCCUGCUAUUCGCAGUAAUUGGGAAUGUACUGUCUAUCCCGUUCCUGUCUAUCUAGAUGUUGCCAAAAUAGUUACUGUUGUUUGUUGCUGUAUUCUGUACCACUACCACCACCUGUCUGUAUCUAUCUCUCUCUCUCUUUUCCUGUAUA